CUAGAACCGCUCUUAACACAAACAAAACACAACUUUUCUCGGUGUUUACAUUACUCGUUGGUUACAUUAGACUUCAAUUCAAUUUAAAUCAAGCUAUAAUUAAUAUAUUGUAUUAAUUGAUUGUAGCGUUAUAAAGUGAAUUAUAAAGAAUGUCUAUUGAAAUUGAAUCUGCUGAUGUGAUUCGUCUUAUUCAGCAAUAUUUGAAGGAGAAUAAUCUGGUUAGGACUCUUCAAACACUACAGGAAGAAACAUCUAUUUCUUUGAAUACUGUGGAUAGUGUUGACAGCUUUGUUCAAGAUAUAAAUAAUGGACAUUGGGAUACUGUGUUGAAAGUUGUGCAGUCAUUGAAACUUCCAGAUAAGAAGUUGAUUGAUUUAUAUGAACAAGUGGUGCUUGAACUUAUCGAACUUCGAGAACUCGGAGCUGCUCGUUCAUUGCUGAGACAAACUGAUCCGAUGAUUAAAAUGAAACAAGAGGAAUCAGAGCGACAUGUGCAUUUGGAAAAUCUCUUAGCUCGUUCAUACUUUGAUCCGAGAGAAGCUUAUCCUGAGGGUAGCAGCAAAGAACGUAGAAGAGCAGCCAUUGCUGCUUCUCUUGCUGGUGAAGUAAGUGUAGUACCACCUUCACGUUUACUUGCUCUUCUUGGUCAAGCACUGAAAUGGCAACAACAUCAAGGACUACUUCCUCCAGGUACUACUAUCGAUUUGUUCAGAGGUAAAGCUGCUAUUAAAGAACAGGAAGAGGAAAAAUACCCUACACAACUUUCAAAACAAAUCAAAUUUGGCACAAAAGCGCAUGUUGAAUGUUCUAGGUUCUCACCUGAUGGCCAGUACUUGGUUACAGGAUCUGUUGACGGCUUCAUUGAAGUAUGGAAUUUUACAACUGGAAAAAUAAGAAAGGAUUUAAAAUAUCAAGCUCAGGAUAACUUCAUGAUGAUGGACGAUGCAGUUUUAUGCUUAUGCUUUAGCAGAGAUUCAGAAAUGUUAGCAUCUGGCAGUCAAGAUGGAAAGAUUAAGGUAUGGAAAAUUCAAACAGGUCAAUGUCUUCGAAGAUUUGAAAAAGCACAUGCUAAAGGUGUUACCAGCUUACAAUUUUCAAGGGAUAGCAGUCAACUUUUAAGUACAUCCUUUGACCAAACUAUUAGGGUUCAUGGCUUAAAGUCUGGCAAACUUUUAAAAGAGUUCAGAGGUCAUACUUCAUUUGUUAAUGAAGCCAUUUUCACUGCAGAUGGUCACAACAUCUUGAGUGCAAGUUCAGAUGGUACUGUUAAGUUAUGGAAUAUCAAGAGUACUGAAUGUGUGAACACUUUUAAAUCCUUUGGAGGAACUAGUGGUAUAGAUAUUACAGUUAACAGUGUACAUGCUUUGCCAAAAAAUACAGAACAUUUUGUUGUGUGUAAUCGAUCAAACACUGUCUCAAUUCUUAAUAUGCAGAACCAGAUUGUAAGGAGUUUCUCCAGUGGUAAAAGAGAAGGUGGUGACUUUGUUUGCUGUGCCGUGUCUCCUCGCGGUGAAUGGAUUUAUUGCGUUGGUGAAGAUUUUGUGCUUUACUGUUUUUCUACUUCAACUGGAAAACUUGAAAGAACUUUAACAGUUCAUGAGAAAGAUGUGAUUGGUAUUGCUCAUCAUCCUCACCAAAAUUUAAUCAGUACCUAUAGUGAAGACGGUCUGUUAAAAUUGUGGAAACCGUAAACUACUGUACAUAUUCAUUUCCUCAUUCAUUAUUUUCAUCAAAACAUCAUUUUCGGUUAUGUAUUAUUUCAUAGAUAAUAAAUUCAUGUCUUGUUA